UUCUCCCAGUCAACCAGGGGCCUUACGCCAUAUUGUUCUCAUGUUCAGGAUUAAUUCAGAUCUGGCGGAAUGAGGAAAAGCGGCCACAUUAAGUACUUGGAUUCAUCUGUUGUGGUCAUACAGUGUAGGAGGAAGGGUGGGUCUUUAAGAAGUGGGUAGUCAGAGGUGAAAACUCGAUAGGGGUAAACGAGAAGUCGUUCCCUGACACACUUGGACGGGUUCUUCUGCAGUGGGUUGCAAGGACCCACUGCGUCAGGGAAACUCCAACUCCCACUUUCCACCCAAGUAGUGUGGCAGCGUGUGCACUAUGUGGCCUGAGAGCAUGGCGGCAUAGUCUCUUAAAACAGACAAAUCCCAAGUCUCAUCAGAGAAUGGAGUGUUGCAAAGUGCACAGGGUGAACGUGACAGUUCACGGGCCACCCCUCACUCACACACUAAUAAGCUCCCAUGACGCAGUGCCACAUUGACACAACGCUGUGACCAGUAGAGGGUCAAAAUGAACUUCUACAAUUCAUUAGCACCAUAUUGAGAGAGGUGAGGGAAGGAGAGUAAGGGAGGGAGGGAGGGAAGGAGAGGAGGAGGAGGAUGAAGUUUCUUCCAGCUGUUUUUGUAAUAGACUAAGAGUUGUAAGAGUUGUGGAGAGAGAGGGAAACAGUGAGCGAGCAAGAAGGGGUAGGCGAAACGAAUCAUCUUACACACUGAGUAUUAAGGAAACUACGAGGAGAGAAAAGGAGGGAUGGGGAGACUUGGAUAGCAACAGCAGUAAAGAGCAAGAGAAAUUUGACCAACAGUGGAAUGAGCAUUAGGAUGGAACAGCCCUGCUAACAGAAGAGGAGAGAAAGACAUACCCAAAAAUGUCGACGCUCCCUAGAGAACCCCAUGAGGACUCCAGGAUGCAGAGCUUCUGGAUGCCAGGGAACUAUGAGCGAACCGUCCGACGCACUGACCAGUCCUUCCAUGCAUGUAAAGAUAUCAUGGCCUGUUUCAAUGAGAGGGCCAAAGUAGAAAAGCAGUAUGCCCAGCAGCUCAGUGAGUGGGGCAGCAAGUGGAAGGCCAUAGUAGACGCCCGGCCGCUCUAUGGCUCCCUCAUGAGAGCGUGGCAGUGUUUCUUCUCCUCCGCUGAGCGUCUAUCCAUUCUCCAUUCCUCUAUCUCUCAGUCCCUCGUUACAGAGGAGGGGGACAGAGUAAAGAGCUGGCAGAAGGAUACCUUCCCUAAGAAGAUAUUCUGUGGAUUCCGUGAGACCCACGAAAACGAGACAGGGUUUGCACGCGCUCAGAAACCCUGGGCCAAGAGGCUGGGAAAGCUGGAGAAAGCCCGUGGUGCAUACCAUAAGGCUUGCCAUAAGGAACAGAUAGCCAUAGACAGAGAGACGCAGGCCAAGGAGAACACAGAGCUGAGUCCUGAGAAACUGAAAAAGAUUCAAGACGCUCGAGAGAAGGCCAGUGAGGAGAAAGACAAAGUCCGCGAGAAAUAUGAGAAGGUGUUGGAGGAUGUAACGUCCUACGCGCCUCGCUACAUGGAGGAAAUGGAGGCCAUUUUUGACCAAUCUCAGGAGGAGGAGAGGAAGAGGAUCAGCUUCCUCAAACAGGCCUUCCUGUCCAUCCACAGACACCUGGACAUCACCAACAAUGAAAGUGUGAAGACCGUGUACAGUGAGCUCCACCACACUCUCACGUCCAUCAGUGAGGCGGACGAUCUAAAGUGGUGGAAGAACAACCACGGCCCAGGCAUGCCCACUGACUGGCCAACGAUUGAGGAAUGGAUCCCACCUGUAAAGAAGCCGAAAAAUAAAAAAAGAGACAAGAAAGGCCAGAAGGAUAAACCUGUGAUGAUUGGAGGAGUGAAGGUGCGAGCUCUGUAUAAUUAUGUGGGAGAGGAAAGUGAUGAGCUGUCCUUUAAAGCAGGUGAGGUGUUCCUGAAGGUUGAGGAGGAGGACGACCAGGGGUGGUGCAGGGGGAUGCUGGACGGAGGGAAGGACGGCUUCUACCCUGCCAAUUAUGUGGAAGUUGUUGUGCAGUGAUGUCAUCCUACCACUCUCAAAACUCUCAAGCAUUAUGUCAGCAACUUUUUUUAUGAAAUGUGCAUGUCUUCAUGGGAAAACCCACUUUGGUGCAAAAUUACUUUGAAUUUUGAUUUGACUCUGAAAUUAGAAGGGGGAAAAAAUUAUUAGCGUAAAAGAUUGACGCUCACAAUGUUAUAAUCAUCAAGCUGAAAUGUGUAAUGUUACCAAUACCUUAAAGAGAGACAUAUAAUUCCCUUAAUUAUUUUACAAUCUAACCUAAAUGGUUUGAGCUCAACAUAAAUUAACUUCCAUCACAUGCUAUUUCUACUUUUGCAGGUGGUUGUGGGCAGGGACACAUUUGGCUGCCUCUGUCACUACUUUAAAAUUAUUUAAUUAGCAGUAUUAGUAUUUACCCUUGACCAGGAAAGACCACAGGUUUACAGUGAUUUGUGUAUGCUGAUAUUAAAAUCUGAAAGCUGUAUGAUAAUGCACAUUAUAGAUUGAAGGACAUACAUAAUUCUUAGUAAAUUAAGUUCUACAACUGGCAUCGGGUUGUAUUAGAAAAAUAAAAGUCCUAAUUCUUUACUAAG